AACCAAAAAUGCAAAAAUUGCUAGAAAAAUCCAAGAACUUUUGAAAAUCGUUUUGGCCAUUUUUGGAUCUAUUUUAUUUAGAACAUAUGCCUGUUUUGAGGAACAAAAAGAGCCCCAUGUUCAAAUAUAAAAAUUUUUACUUCACGUUAUCAUUAGAUUUUUGAAGCAAUUUUUUCUUUGUAUUAAUACAAUUUGUUAAAUCAAAUAAUUAUGGAUUAAUGUUCGAUUGCUUUGAAAAAAACACUUAAUUUUGUUGAAAAUUAAACAAAAUACUUCAAAUAGUGUCUGGAAGUUUUAUUUUGCCAAAAAAAACCUUCAGCGAGAUAUUCAAUUUCCCGAAUCUUCGAACAAAAAUUAUUAAUUUUUUCAAAUUAAUCCAACAGUUACUUAUUAACAUUUUAUUUAAAAAGAUAGAUUAGUGUACCGAAUUCCACAGCUUUGUACAUACUUGCCGCACCACACCUACCUACCCGGCCGGAAUGAACAAAAUAACUGAUCCCAUAUUGAUCUUCUUCUGGUGAGGAACUGAUGUAUGUCAUAUUGUCAAAACAACAAACCCACACUACAUCCCAAAUAUUUGCUAACUGCCCAUUUUAAAGAAACUAAUGGGUACAUUUUUCCCUCUAGUUUUCAAAAAUAAAUAUGUUAAACCUGAUACUCGUCACUGUUUUUUUGACCUUUCCCAUUUUUGAUUCAUAUUCUGUAAACUGUAGAAGUAAUUUGGUUAGAAGUGAAAUUCGAAAAUGUACUCAAACUGUACACGAAUUUCAAAGAACUCAUGAAAGAAUGGAUGGGAACAAAUGGCUUGAGCCACAGACAGCUGGAGAACUGAAUCGAAAAUGUGAUGAGGCAAUGAACUGCCUCCACGUGCUCGACAACUGCUCUGUUUUCGAAGACGAUGACAUUUUAUGGCUCGAAGAUUUCUGCGAUUCAUACCGGUUUUUCACUGGAAAUUUCCAUGAAUGUGCAGUCAAAAUCGAUAGGAAUCAGAAGGAUCCAUGUGUACAAGACUAUCUUGUCAACUCUCCAUACUUUAUGCUAAAUUCUGAUGAGCGAUGUGCAAAACUGCAUUCAGAUGGAGCUUGUGUAUCAAAUGUCAUCAAUUCCACGUGUUCUCCAGACUAUGCAAUCGAUUUUGACAGACUUUUGGAUAGACAAAUGAUACGAAUGAAAUGUUGAUUUAAAAGUGAAAAAUUACUUCAAUCCUAACAUUCCAUGUAAAUUAUGUAAACUGUUUAUAAAUAUUUGAAAAUUGGU